CUCCGCAGUCUUUUCCCUUCGCUCUUCGGCGCACUCGAGGCCUGUGGCUUCAUUCCAUUCGCUCGUUCAAUUCGCAAUUUGGUUUAGGGCGGCUUCUGCACCUGUAGCUCUUCGUGUCUCUUUGUAUCUCGUCGUAUCUCGUCGUAUCUCGGUUGUGUGCGCGCUUAAGGAGGCGGAAGCGCCCUUCUGCAACCCAUCCGAAGAGACAGGCCAUUUUCGUCCAUUUCCUCGAGGAAGACUGGAUUCUACCUCCUCUUUCACACCCUGACGCCUGGUGUGCGCCGCUCCUUUUGAUACUUCUUUGGCUUCUACAGCUGUGCGUGGGAGUCUGUCGUCUCUUCACUCACUCGGUCAUCUCGUCAACUCCUGGCCGUCCAUCCCAUUUUCGCGCUAGAAGCAUGCACAAACGACGCUUCGUAGCCUUCCUGGCCUCAUUCGCCGGGCUGACAGAGGCCUUCUGGCGUCUUCCUUGCCGGGGAAGCGCUGGUGUCGCCAGAAUGGAUCCCUUGGUAGACCCCGGCAUGCCAUCCUACCAUGUUCACAGCGUCCAGGGCUCCGGUGGCUUUGCUAUGGAUGUCACGGAGGACAGCUUGAGGCAGUCAGACUGUACAUCCUGCGCGGUCACCCAAGACAAGUCGGCCUACUGGGCUCCUGCGCUGUAUUUCGUCCAUGCGAAUGGGAGCGCCGAACUGGUUGAACAGGACGGUGGCAUGCUUGUUUACUAUCUUCUGUACGGAGAAAACGUCACGGCAUUCCCGAACAACUUCCGCAUGCUAGCUGGCGAUACCUUCCAGCGAGACUUCCCCUGGCCCAUCCCUGAUCCUCCCAAGUCCUCGUGGUCUGGUGUGCAGGCGUCCCAGGAUGCCCUCCGCCAGAAAGCAAUUGGAUUCAAUUGCCUGAACUACAAUGAGCCGGCAGAACCGUCGCUUUACCGACACUACCUACCCAGCAAGGCCUAUAUGGAUGAGCACUGUACGGACGGUGUCCGUUUCGAGCUGAUGUUCCCAUCCUGCUGGAAUGGAAAAGACGUCGAUUCUCCCGACCACAAGUCUCACAUGGCCUAUCCUUCAGCGGUCAUGUCUGGUGAUUGUCCGGCGGGCUUUGAGACUCGCCUUGUCUCGCUCUUCUUCGAGACCAUCUGGAAUACUCCUGCAUUCAGGCAUGAAGAAGGCGAAUUCGUUAUUGCCAAUGGGGAUCCAACGGGAUACGGCUAUCACGGCGACUUUAUUCAGGGCUGGGACCCCGACUUCCUGCAGCAGGCCGUCGACACCUGUACCAACCCGUCCGGCGAAGUCACUGACUGCCAUAUCUUCGAUAUCCAGAGCGACGCAGAGCAGGGGAAGUGCAAAUUCCAGGUUCCCGAACAGCUGCAAUCGGAGGAUGUCUACAUGCAUCUCAACGGUCUCCCUGGCGGCAUCGCAAUUCAAUCAGGACCUGCGUAUGCGAGCCCCGUUGCGUACGCGACUCCAUCCCAAGCAACGUCGAUCGUUCCUUCGAUCGUUCCUUCAGUUGUCCCGUCACCAUCGUCUCAAGAAACCUCCACUCCGACUCCCCCGACUUCCCCGACGUCGUCUGCUCAACCGACGCCGGUCGUUUUGGCUCAGCAGCUCACAUCCUCGACGACGAGUUCUCAAACCACGGCAACAGCCACCGUGACAACCAAAUACAUCCAGAGUGUUGUGGCCGAGGAGAUCGUUUAUGUGCAGCAGGAGAUCAUCAUCACGAUAGACGGCGAGGGCAAGCCCAUCGGCACCGGAACCGGAAGUAUCAGGACAGUAGCUACCACUUCUACGACUGUGACUGAGCCUGUUGGUGGUGUUACAGGGUUAGCGCAACCUGGAAAGCGUGGCCAUGGCCAUGAGCAUGGGCGCUCGCAUGGUCACAGACAUGCUCACUUCCACAAGAGGCAUGCUUGAUUUAGUCAAUGAGGGUUAUCUGUUCGUUUCUUUCUAUGAUACUCGAAAUGCUCCGCAUCUUUUUGAUAUAUUCCCAGGAGAAUCUUGUGCUUUAACCUUUUCUUGUUGUGUUGACUGUCUGCUGGCAGAGUCAACGCAAACUCGAGCUUCAAUUCUUGGAUUUCGACAUUUCGCCUCCCAGUUAUCUACUUCACUUUGACCUCGUACGCACAGAGCUUGACUUCUUGUACCUAGUUUGCCUUUUCAUAUU